AUGGCUUUCCUUCCAACAGAUCCAUCGUCGGGACAACCCAACCUUGAUCGUCCUCCAUCUCCGGAUUGUAAGAAUGAAGAUGGGAGUCUUCUUCUCAGCCCCACAUGUGAUGGGACUCCAAGGCCGGAUGGUGCCAACGAGACCUCAUGUGAAGGUGUUCCAAACCCCGAUAGGACUUUACCUUACGAUCAUCCUACCGACCUCCACAGUCCAGAAGAUGAUGAGGAGAAGUCAGCUCCUAUUAAGGAGGAGGAAGAUCUGCCAUCAAGUCCUUCCCAGUCUACUACUAACGUUAAAGAAGAACCUGCCUGGUGUCAAGGAGAGCCGUUCCAAAGCGCUGAUCUUGAUACGACCUCCGAUUCCCAGAGGGCGACCAAUCACAUGAAGGAAGAACUUCCCUCAUCUAAAGAAGAAGAUGUGGGGCAGAUGGACAAUUCUCCACCCAUGUCCUUGAUGUCUUCUGAUAUUAAGGAGGAACCCUUCUGGGCUGACGGAGCAGAACUUCUUCCCCACCCGAUGGAUCCGGUUCAGGAUUCACUUUCCGACCUUAAGGAGGAGUCGGACUCGAGCGACGAGGGGACACUCAGCGAGAACGAUGAAGCCGAGUCCAAAUAUGAUACCGAAGGGCAGCGGUACGGUGGCGGGCCGUAUAUGAACUCGCCAGCCGACUCCGGGGAGGAGGCGUAUAUAUGCUCGGAGUGCGGCCUGUCCUUUUCCACCGUCUCAGAACUCGAUGACCACCACCAGGCCGUCCACCCCGAAGAGAAGCCCCAUUUCUGCUCGGAGUGCGGCAAGAGCUUUACCAGCAAUGCCAACCUCCUCAAACACCAGGCCAUCCACAGCGGCGAGGAGCUGUUCACCUGCGGCGAUUGCGGCCGGCGCUUUCCCGACAGUGAGCAGCUCUCCAAACACGAGCAGACUCACACGGGGAGCAAGCCGUACGCCUGCGCCGAGUGUGGCAAGUGCUUCUCUUACCAGCGCGGCCUCAUGAGACACCGCAAGAUCCACACGGGCGUAAAGCCCUAUGCCUGCACCGAAUGCGGCAAGUCGUUCAUCACCAGGGCGGAGCUGGUCAUCCACCAGCGUAGUCACACGGGGGAGAAGCCGUAUCCGUGCUCGGAGUGCGGCAGGUGCUUCUCCCAAUUCGCAAACCUUUCCCAGCACCUAAAGCGCCACACGGGUCAGCGGCCAUUCGUGUGCCACAAGUGCGGGAAGGCUUUUACCCAAAACGCCCACCUGCUCAGCCACCAGAAGACUCACGGGCCGGAGAAGCCAUACCCUUGCACCGAGUGCGGUAAGGGCUUCACCACAAAGACUUAUUUGGUGGAGCACCAGCGCAGCCACCGGGGCGAGAACCCGUACUGCGAGAUCUGCCGGAAGUACUUUGUCAGCACCUACUACCUCGCCGUCCACCGACGCAUUCACACGGGCGAGAAGCCCUUCAUGUGCUCCAUCUGCCUGAAGGGCUGCUACACCAAGGCCAACCUGGAGGCCCACCAGCGGAUCCACACCAGGGAGCGUGACGACAAACCGUACGGCUGCUGCGGCUGUGGGAAGAGCUUCGAGACCGACGCCGAGCUCAUCAAACACCGUAAAAUCCACACCGGCCAGAAGCCGUAUUCCUGCUCGGAGUGCGGCAAGUGCUUCCUCUACAACUCGCAGCUGGUCACCCACCAGCGCAUCCACACCGGCGAGCGCCCGUUCGCCUGCUCCGUGUGUGGGAAGUCCUUCAUCAAGAACGCCCACCUGGUCACCCACCAGAGGUCCCACACGGGGGAGAAGCCCUUCAGCUGCCCCGAAUGCGGGAAAAGAUUCGUCACCAACGCCGUCCUGCGGGCCCACCUGAGGGUCCACAGCGGCGACAAGCCCUUCUACUGCGCCGACUGCGGGAAGUGCUUCGUGUCAAAGUCCCGGCUCACCAAACACCGGAAGUAUCACAGCAGGGAGAAGCCGUUCUCCUGCUCGGAAUGCGGGAAGGCCUUCCUGAAAAACUCUGACCUGACCCGGCACCUCCGGAUUCACACGGGGGAAAGGCCUUACUGCUGCUCCGACUGCGGCAAGCGUUUCAUCCAAAGGUCGAACCUCCUGCUGCACCAGCGGACUCACACGGGGCAGCGGCCUUAUUCCUGCGCACUGUGCGGGAGGGGCUUCCACUGUAAGACCUCACUAGUCAAACACGAGAGCAACCACACGGAUAAACAGCUCCACGGCUGCUGCGGCUGUGGGAAAAGCUUCGAGACCGACGCCGAGCUCAUCAAACACCGUAAAAUUCACACCGGCCAGAAGCCGUAUUCCUGCUCAGAGUGCGGCAAGUGCUUCCUCUACAAUUCGCAGCUGGUCACCCACCAGCGCAUCCACACCGGCGAGCGCCCGUUCGCCUGCUCCGUGUGUGGGAAGUCCUUCAUCAAGAACGCCCACCUGGUCACCCACCAGAGGUCCCACACGGGGGAGAAGCCCUUCAGCUGCCCCGAAUGCGGGAAAAGCUUCGUCAACAAUACCAUCCUGCAAGCUCACCUGAGGGUCCACAUCGGUGACAUGCCCUUCGACUGCGCCGAGUGCGGGAAGAGGUUCGUCUCAAAGUCCAGCCUCAGCAAGCAUCAGAAGUAUCACAGCAGGGAGAAGCCGUUCUCCUGCUCGGAAUGCGGGAAGGCCUUCCUGAAAAACUCUGACCUGACCCGGCACCUCCGGAUUCACACGGGGGAAAGGCCUUACUGCUGCCCCGACUGCGACAAGCGUUUCAUCCAAAAGUCCAGCCUUGUCUUGCACCAGCGGACUCACACGGGGCAGCGGCCUUAUUCCUGCGCACAGUGCGGGAGGGGCUUCCACUUCAAGACCUCACUAGCCAAACACCAGAGCAACCACACGGAUAAACAGCUCCCAUCACCCGACACAACCCGUUCCUCCGGGAGUGGGCACCCCACCGCGGGCCUCUGCGCUCCCCGAACCCUCCGGCCAGAGCAGCACCCGUCCCCUUCAGGAGGCAUUAGUGCAGAGAAGUUCCCGUCGCAGAGGAACCACUACGGAGAUAAGAUACAAGUGCCGGAGUCUGAUGGCGGCCCGUCUCUUCUCUUCAACUACAAGUUCACUUUGAGCUUUCAGAACAUCAUCCUAAAGGGAGCACGUCAGACCUCUCUGUGGAACGUGAGCGUGUCCUCGAUGUCAGCAGUUCCCUCGGAUGAUCUGCUCCUGGCCGGGCCCAUUAUAGCUCCUCCCCCGACAAUCAGCCGAUCACAAGAUACAGAAUAUCAUUUUGGUGAUCAGAAGAUAAUGAGCAAGAAUGGGGACCAAAUCACAAUCACCGUUCCUCCAACUCACUUCAUGAUUCCAGAGAGAAAGUAUAAGGAGAAAGUUCUAGAAGUCACCCAAAAGAUCAUGGAGCUGCUGACAGGAGAGCCCCUCACAUCACCGGACUUGAAAUUUCGAGACUCCCAGGUCCUAACGUUUCCAUCACCGGAAUGUCUGAGUGAAGAUCCUGAUAUCAAAGUCAAUCAUUCAACCGCAAUAACCUCACCGCAGGAACAAACCCAUUCCUACACUCUGGAGAACGUCCCCGAGACGUCAGCCUCGUGUCAAGAUGAAGAAGACCUUCCGCACUCUGAUGAUUCCACGCCUCACACACAAUACAUCGCAACUCAGAUCAAGGAGGAAUCCCUCUCGACUGAAGAAGAGUUUGCGCCCGCUGGCCAUUCGGUGACCCCGUAUAUAUAUGAUGACUUUGAUCAUGACCUGGCUUCUGAUGCUCUCCAUAGUUUUGAGAGGAUCGAGCCGCAGUACGAGUUCUUUCCCUAUUCCGAACUUGAAGACCAUUUCACGGUACAGAAGCCGUUUGCCCGCAGUGCCUACGGGAGGCCUCCGGUUGGCGGACACCAGAAGGCCACCCACAGAAGAAAGACUUAUACCUAUCUACAGCGCGGGAAAUGCUUCCGCAGUAACUCAGACUUGGCCGCCCAUCGCGGGGCGCACAGCGUAGAGAAGUCCUACCCCUGCCCGCACUGCGGGAAGGCCUUCAACCGGAAAUCGAACCUCGCCAUCCACGUCAGGAUACACACGGGGGAGAAGCCCUACUCCUGCGCCAUGUGCGGCAAACGCUUCAGCAAUAAGUCUGACUGCAUCAUCCACCAGCGGAUCCACACGGGGGAGAAGCCGUACCCCUGCUUCGAGUGCGGCCGAUCCUUCGUCAGCAACUCCCACCGCAUUUCGCACCAGCGCAGCCACACGGGGGAGAAGCCGUUUUUGUGUUCCCGCUGCGGGAAGUGCUUCCGGAACCGCUCCGACCUCCAAAUCCACGAGAGGACCCACACCGGGGAGAAGCCGUUCGCCUGCACCAAGUGCAAGAAAAACUUUGCCAGCAAGUCGUCUCUUGUGCGGCACCAGCGCAUCCACACAGGGGAGAAGCCUUUCUCCUGCUUGGAGUGCGGAAAGAGCUUCACCCAGAAGUCCAAUCACAUGCGGCAUCAGAAGGUCCACCUGGCGGAGAAGCCGUAUUCCUGCUCACACUGUGGCAAGGGCUUCUCGCAGAAGUCCAACUUCCAGAGGCACAUUCAGAGCCACUCGGAGGAGAAGAGCUAUUCCUGCCGGGAGUGCGGACGCCAUUUCGCGCUGAAGGCUCACCUCCUGCAGCACCAGACCGUCCACAGGGGGCAGAAGCCGUAUUGCUGCACCGAGUGCGGGAAACACUUUGCUCACCAGUCUAGUUUUUAUCGGCAUCAGAAGAACCACACUGGGGACAAACCGUACGCCUGCCGCGAGUGCGGCAAAUCCUUCACUCAUAAGUCCGAUAUCGUGCGCCAUCGCCGCGUCCACUCCCGGGAGAAGCCGUUUUCCUGCCCGGAGUGUGGGAGGGGCUUUGCGCAGGAGUCCUAUCUGAUUCGCCAUCGGAAUGUCCACACGGGGGAGAAGCCCAUUUCCUGUGGGGAGUGCGGGAAAUGUUUUUCACAGAAGCUGUCGCUGGUUAAGCAUCAGGUCAUCCACACGGGACAGACGCCGUUCUCCUGCGUGUUCUGCGGGAAGAGCUUUCCCCGCAAGUCAGACCUCCAGAGACAUCGGCUCACCCACACCGGAGAGAAGCCCUACCAGUGCGUCGAGUGUGGGAAACGGUUCCGGCAGCGCGGUUCUCUCCGCGAACACCAGAAGAUGCACUUCGGGGACAAACCGUUCUCCUGUUCCGAGUGCGGCAGUUGCUUCACCCGCAAGAUCUUUCUCCUCAACCACCAGCGUAUUCACACGGGGGAGAAACCGUUCUCUUGUUCGGAGUGCGGGAGAAGCUUUGCGCAGGAGGCGGUCCUCAUCCGACAUCAGGUGGUCCAUACAGGGGUGAAGCCCUAUACCUGCAUAGACUGCGGCAAGAGCUUCGCCCACAGGUCCAGUUUUAUGACGCACCGGAGAAUCCACACCGGCUUCGAGCCCUAUCCCUGUUCCGAGUGCGGGAAACGCUUCAAGCAGAAGUCCUACCUGGUUGACCACUUCAGGCUUCACACUGGGGAGAAGCCGUACGGCUGCGCAGAGUGCGGGGAGCGUUUUACCCGGAGGCUCUUCCUGCGGAAACACGAGCAGGUCCACACCGGGACGACGUGGUUUCCCUGUAUCGACUGCGGCAAAAAGUUCACCGAGAAACGGCUUCUCAACAGACACCAGAAGAUUCACUCUGCCGAAAAAACCUUUAGCGGUCCACCGGAAUCACAGACGGGUCUUAGCUAG